AUGGCACAUGAGAUGGUUUAUGGCACAUGGGAGAGCUCCGUUCAAAAGCUACCCAAAUACUUGGGAGCUCUCCAAAAGUAUAAUCCAGGAACGAUUGUUGAAUGGCAACAUAAAGCCCGCGACACAUCAACCGGUGCAUAUGUGAUAGGGUACGUAUUAUGGGCGUUCCAGCCGUGCAUUGAAGGGUUCCAACACUGUCGCAACCUUAUCAGUGUAGAUGGGACCCAUCUAUAUACAAAGUACAAGCACAAGAUGUUGAUUGUUGCUACCAUGGAUGGAAAUCAACAGGUACUUCCUCUUGCUUUUGCUAUUGUCGAUGAAGAAUCACUUUUAUCUUGGAAGUGGUUUCUUAGACAAUUGAGCAGACACAUUAUACGAGGGCGACGGGGUAUCUGCCUUAUUUCUGACCGCCAUGCUGGUAUCACAAGAGCUGUACGUGAAUGUCUGGAUUUCGUGCCACCUAACGGCGUGCACCGAUAUUGCUUGCGGCAUGUGUGUUCCAAUUUCAACAGUAAAUACAAAAAUGUUGUGUUGAAGGAUCAUUGUUGGAGAGCUGGCUCUGAAUAUCAGAUCAGAAAAUUCAAUCGCACUAUGGAGGAGAUAAAGAAACACUCCCUCGAGGCGUUUCAGUGGUUAGAUAGGAUCGACAAGGAAAAAUGGACAGCAUCACAUGACGGUGGAUGGCGAUGCGGAAUUCUGACGACAAAUAUGUCGGAAUGCAUAAAUGGAGUAUUGAAAGGGGCUCGCCGCCUACCGUUGACAGCAAUUGCUGAGAUGACGUUUCAGCGAAGUGUCCAUUAUUUCCGUGAGAGAUUAUUGGGAUGUACCGGAUUUGAGUUGGUCCAUGAUCCUACUAUUCGCAUCUCUUCGCGCCUUGGUCGAAAUGAAACAACACGUAUUCACGACGAGAUGGAUUGGGCGCAAAGGCGUGCACGACAACAAGCACAACAAAGAAAUUCUUCAACACAAUCGGAUGUGCCAGUACCGGGUAGCCAGGAUUAA